CAAUCAGCGCAUGCGCUCCUGUCUUAUGGGGCUGCUAUAUUUUACAUCUUAAAGCUUUAUCUUUUUUUAUUGUUUUUCUGGGUACUAAACGCUGCUUAAAGCAGCAAGAAAAGCAAACAUAGAGGGCGAUAAUAGGACGUAAUGAGCACUAAACGCCAAAUCUCAGCCGAAGAAGGAAAAGCCAGACAAAGCGUUUUUGCCCGUUUAGGUCCGGGAGCCCCAAAUCGAGUAAAAGAAAUUGAGCAAACAAGGUGGGAAAAAGCAAUACGAAAAGACGAGAAGAAAGUUAAACUAUCGUCCCCCAGUGCAUCUUCCUCAUCUCCUAGUCCAAAGAGACGGAACAAAAAAGUUCCGGAGUGCGAAGACGAGCAUUUAAGGAAUUUGGAAAAGCAGCGCCAACUCUUACUGGACCAGUUAGAGCGCGAAUACAGUGAAAAUAAAAGACCACCCGAGUCAUCUGCUUCAAGUGAAGAAAAUCUAACGGCAGAGUCUGAUAGACAGCAAUCGGAAGAUCUUUCUUUAAACAAAAAAAGAAAGUUAACAAACCGAUCGCCAUCUGUUGAGCUGACGAAAGAAGUGAUUGACAAAAAAUUAAAAAUGUCACAAGCUAGGAAUCCAACUAAACAGAAACCAUCUCCUAUCCGACCUCCUACACCACCCACUCCCGUAAAAAUUGUGAAAACAAUAACAUCACCACCAUCGAGGAGUAUUAAAGUAGUAACUAGUCCUGGACAUAGUUUGUCGGAUUCUGACAAUGAGGAAACUGAGAAAAAGUUAACUCCUACAGUUCACAUCCAGAAGCCAAAAUCCUCGUCAACGGAGCAAAGGAAACCUGUUGAAAAACAGAGUGAUUCUAGAAGGAAAAAGCCGAGUACUUCAAAAGACACAUACGAGCGCAAAUCGACAGUAGAUUCCGCUCAACUGAAACGACCGAUGGAAGAUCACGAGGUAACCAGGGAAUCGAGCAGAGGCGGCUCGAAUCAUUCAACUGAUCGAAGUGAAUCCCACGAUAGCUAUAAAAAACAUAGUCAUCACUCCGACCAAUAUAAGAGAAGUGGAGCAACCGAUCAUUCGGAGCCUCGUAGGAAACAUGCCACUUCCUCUGAUCAUUACUACAAUGAGGAUUACAGAAAACAUGAACGCUCCUCAGAAAGAUCUGUUGCUUCUUCAGUCGACUCAAGAAGACGCAGUGGAAGGUCGCCUGAUCGAAGCGACGCUACUGAGUCCUAUAAGCGGCACUCAGUUGAGCAUCCAGAUGAGCAUAAAAGGAGCGGCUCUCGUUCAACCGAGGAUAAAAAGUAUAUGUACCACUCGUCUUCGUCAAGUAAGGAUAGAAAAGAGCGAAGAGAUGAUUGGGGACACAGGAGGAGUUUACCUAGUGAAAGAGGAGGGGCCUAUGAUUAUUCCAGAGAAGAGUAUGACUACAAACCAAAACGACGGGAAGAUGAGUGGGGUAAAGACACAAGAGAAAGAGACCCAAGAGACAGAGACCCCAGAGACUCAAGAGACUGGCAUUCAAAAGAUAAAGACUAUCCGUCUAGAGAUAGCAAAGAUGGAAAAGAUUCCUACUCAUCAAGCAAAGAUAAAUACUAUUAUGAAAAAGAUUAUUACAAGGAAAAGGACUAUAAAUAUCAUGCGAAAGAUAAAGAAAAAGACUAUUACUAUUCUAGAGAGCAUGAUAAGAGAAAACACAGAGAUAAAACUGACUCUAAAGAUUAUAGAAAGGAUAUGUACGAUCAGGAUAAACGAAAGGAGAGAGAUCAUAGGAGAGACAGAUCGAGGAGUGGCGCAAGAAGCUCUAGAGAGUCUUCAAGGGAUCAUAAAAGGGAGAAAGUCGUACCAAAGACAAGGACUAGAGAAAAAUCAGAAAUUGAGGAGGAACCUCGGAAGGAAAAACAGGAAAAACCGGAACCUCAGAUAGAUGUUAUAGAUUCGGACACUGUAAAUGUUAGUUCAGUUGAAAAGCCCUCAGGUGAAAGCCUCUCAGGAGAUGAACAAUCGGUAACCUCUAAACGUUCAGUAUACUCAGAUAUUUCUGAAGAUGAAUUAAAAUCAGACUCUGGGAUGCCUCAAACUGAGCAUGAAGCUGCCAUCGAUAAACUUGAUAUUGAAUGGUCUAACUUAAACGAACCUCUUCCCAGAAGUGGAUCUGCCCAAGGUCGAUCUAUAAUGGAAGUUAUAUAUAAAAUUGGUUUAAGUAAACGAUUUGUCGGGGAAAAAUUGUUUAACGAUAUUGAUUCGAAAUGCACCGAAAAAUUAGGAAAGCACUUGUUAAGUGGUGACGCUUGGAUGCAUGCAUCAUUCGUAAGGAAGGAUAUGGAAAGAGAGAGACUACUUAAAGAUAUGGGAGGGUAUUGCAGAGCUCUAACAGCCAGAAGAGACCUAGCCAUAAGAAGACACUUGUGUGAAUAUUCUCACCCUGCCCAAUUAGCUGUUGAUCAACUUUCUUACAAGCAAGCUGUCGAAUUAUUCAUGUCUGAUAAUUAG